GGCAGAUUUUGGCCAAAUACUAUAUAUGCUAAUCCCUAUAAACUAGUGCCUAGUCUUUUAAGAUUCAGGACCUAUAGGCACCCAAUAUUCAUUUUACAAACCCUCUCUUAUAAUGGCACUUAACUGGAAACACUACGGCAAGUCUGGGCAUUUCUAGGCAUUGCCACAAGGGCAGAUGACCAAAUAUUUGUCCACAUAUAGGGGAUUCAUUUGCUGUCUACUGUGACACCAUUUCCUGUUUAAGAGAAUCAUGCAAGGUAAACCUCAAAACUGGAAUCUACCAUGAGAGCAUGCAGAAAAGCUGUUGUGAAGUAGAGAAGAAAAACCCAUCGCAUUUUAUGUGACGAAAGACUGAAUCUGAAAAGAUAUUAUGUCUGCAUGCAUGCCAUUAGAGGUGCCACUAGGAAUCUUGUGUAUGGCCUUUGUUAUUUCACUGACUAUAAACAUCGUACACUGCGUGGUCAAAAAUAAGAAAGCUAAAAGGGAUUUCUACUACAGUGAAGGCACCAUAAACUAUGAACCAGAAAAUAUAGAAUCCUACCCAAUCUAUGGCAACUUGAAUCAACCAAUGCUUGAACUAUUAGAUGACAGUUGCUAUGAGCAGAUGACAACUCCCCAUUCAAGUAACAGAGAAGAAAUUCCGAUAAGACCAUCAGAAGCAGAGGAGCAAAUGUGCUAUGCAUCAUUGGACCUAAGCCCUAAAAAGCCAAGGAAAAAUCGAAAAAAGAAAACUAAUCAGACUGAUCUUCAAGGUUGUGUGGAUGACGAAACACCAAUGGAGAAUGGAAAUGUUUUAUUUAAAUCAAGCAUAUACCUCAACAGUGAACAACUAACAGCUGAAAGCAAUGCUGAGGAUGUAAUUCAUGAUGACCCAAAGAGACUUUACCACAUAAUCCAGAAAUCCAGAAACAAUACACCUUCUGAAGGAACUUGAAUGGUCUGAAAACAUCUGGAAUAACUGAAAAAAACUUUAGAGCGAUAUUAUUUGCACCUUUAAAUAUGCAAACAUUUAUCAAAAGCAACUAUGUAUAUUGAGCUUUUACAAGUUAAAUUACAGUAUAUUUAUGGAAAGGGGAAUCUUGGCAAUUAUAUGAUUAUUAUUGAAUCAUUUAGUGUAAUUAUUGGACCACAUUUUAUCGUUUUUUUAAACAAAUUUCCCCUUGGAUUGUGUUUUACUUUUGUGUAUUAAAGAGAAAACUAAUUAAGUUUAGCACCAAUAUCAACAUUUCAUGAGAAGAGAGAAUGUGUAAAUCUGCAAACUGUAUACAUGUGCAAUUUACUUUAGGCAGAACGUGCCCGGUAUCACUUAUUUAGAAGCCGUGCUACACUCAUUCCCAUCAGUUCAAGCUUUUCUCAGAUUUAAAGGCGAAAGGAAGGGGAAAACAUUGGAAGGUGCCAAACAGUUAGCAACCCAGUGAGUCAAACAUAUACAUUUUCUGUGGUCAUUAGAGCACGGUGCACCUCAUCAGCAGCACUGUUCACCAAUACCAGAAUCAAUAUUAUCUUGUGAGUUUGGCAUGUAGAGAGAAAGGAUAUGGACAACAGAUUUCCACACUAGAUGUUCAAAUCUAAAACCCUUGGUAAUAUUUUACACUAGUACAGGUAUAGGA